UCGGAGUGGAUCCAGUUUUUUAAAGAAGCCGGCAUUCCCCCGGGCCCUGCUGUGAAUUACGCUGUGAUGUUUGUGGAUAACAGGAUCCAGAAGAGCAUGCUGCUGGACCUCAACAAGGAGAUCAUGAACGAGCUGGGCGUGACGGUUGUUGGGGACAUCAUCGCCAUCCUCAAGCACGCCAAGGUGGUGCACCGCCAGGACAUAUGCAAAGCUGCCACGGAGUCGGUGCCCUGCAACCCCAGCUCCCUCUCAGGCGAGCUUCGCCGUGCCGCCUCUAGCGCUGCCUCCCGAAUGAUCGCCAACAGCCUGAACCGAGACUCCCCGCCCAGCACUCCCCCCAGGCGGCCAGACACCAGCACCUCCAAGAUCUCUGUCACUGUGUCCAACAAGAUGGCUGCGAAGGGUGCCAAGGCUGCCGCUCUGGCCCGCAGGGAGGACGAGAGCCUGGCUAUUCCUGCCAAGAGGCGCCGGGUCACUGCGGAGAUGGAGGGGAAGUACAUCAUCAACAUGCCCAAAGGCACCACCCCCCGCACCCGCAAGAUCCUGGAGCAGCAGCAGGCCGCCAAAGGUCUCUAUAGGACAUCUGUGUUCGACCGCCUUGGCGCUGAGACCAAGGCAGACACAACCACAGGAAGUAAGCCCACAGGAGUUUUCAGCCGCCUGGGGGCCACCCCAGAGAUGGAUGACGAUCUGGCCUGGGACAGCGACAAUGACAGCAGCAGCUCUGUCUUGCAGUAUGCUGGGGUCCUGAAGAAGCUGGGGCGGGGCCCAGUGAAGGCCAGUCCCCAGCCAGUCCUGCCCGUCAAAGCCAAGGCCACAAGCUCCAAGGCAACAGUACCCACUGCCCCAACGCUGCGGCGCCUAGCGCUCUCCUCACCUCCCAGGCUCGAGAAGAAGUCGGAGUCCCUGGCCAAAGUGAGCAUCAUCCACAGACUGGGCAAGGCUGCCCCAGUGCCCGAGGCCCAGGACAGCCAAGUCACCAGCACCAAGAGCCCGACUCUCCGCUGCAUCCUGCCCGACCCUCCUGCGCCUCCGGCCUCUCAGCGACCCCCUCGCCGACGCUGGCGUUGAGCCUGUUGAGACUCUUAGCUGUCCCUGGGCUGCUGUGGGGUACCUGGGUGUGUUUUCCUCUCAAAAGCCCUGCCCGGGACUGGUGGGCAAGGGGGUAUCACAGGGGAGACUGAUCGGAGAGAGAAAACAAUGGCGUUUUAAUAUAUUUUUUGUGACUUCCCAUCUGUUUCCCUCCCCUCCUUGGGGUGAGAGGCAGGUCAGGUUUUCAC